AUGCGGCUUUUCCAACGCGUCGUAACGUUAUCGGCUCUCCCCCCAGAUUCCCUCCCCCUCACCUCCCCCUCACCUCCCCCUCACCUCCCCAUCACCUCCCCCUCACCUCCCCCUCACCUCCCCCUCACCUCCCCCUCACCUCCGCCUCACCUUCCCCUCACCUCCCCCUCACCUCCCCCUCACCUCCCCCUCACCUCCCCCUCACCUCGUUCCUCCCAAUUCCCUCCCCUUCACCUCUCCCCGUCUCUCCUCCCCCUCUCGCGCCCCCCCCGACCUCCGCUCCCCAGCCCCCCAGGGUACUAUUUCCGUGUGGGAACGGGGGCAAGAGCAUGUGGCACAUCUACCUGCCGCACGGGGGGUGGUGCCGCAACGCCAACGACAACAGCAGCAUCAACCCGCCCUUCCACGACUGUAACCUCCUUACCGUUUGUUUCUCUCUCCCACUCCCCUCUCUCUCCCACUCCCCUCUCCCACUCCCGCCUUCAGACCAUCCCCUCCCCGGGUUUCAACGGCAUUCUCAGCAGCAACAGCAGCAUCAACCCGCCUUUCUACAACUAG